AUGUCUGCCCAGAGAGUGUGUACGGGUUCAAGAGAUUCAAUUAGCAGUCUCCCAGACGAGGUCCUCGGACAAAUCCUGUCGUUGCUUCCGACAAGACUUGCUGCUUCCAUCGUUCUGUCCAAACGAUGGAGGAGUCUUCUCUCCCUUGUAGACAAGCUCGAUUUGAGGGAAGCAAUUGGCGAUCCCCGUGGCUUCUCUGCAUUCGUGGACACAACGCUCGCUCUCUUAACCAACUCUUCAAUCAUCAAAAGAUUCUCUCUCAACUGUGAACACAGACACGACAAAACCAGAGUGGAGACAUGGAUUCGCACUGUGCUGGAGCGAAGCUGCUUCUUGGAGCUUCACUUGGAGAGCGUGUGUAUGCAUAGUAUAAAAGCAGAGUCCUUCACAAGCAAAACGCUGGUCAAGCUCACGUUAUCAGACGGUUUUUAUCUCUCUGGUCUUCCUCCUCCUAACGGUGGCGUGUUUUUCCCAAACCUCAAAACACUUUCUCUCGUUUCAGUUGGGUUUCACCCUUGUGAGGUGUAUGAAUAUCUCAUCUCCGGCUGCCCUCUGCUUGAGGAGUUAUUCAUGCGCUGGAUGGUGGUGAGUCAGUCCAUCGCUGUGUCUAGUCCUUGUAUCAAAAGACUGGCCGUCUCUUGCCAUUUUCGUGGUUACUGGGAGCCUCCCGCUAGUGAGGUGUUUCGGACACCUAGUCUUGUCUACCUUGACCAUUCUGGUUACGUGGCCGGACAUUAUCAUGUUGUUGUUGAAGCUAGACUGGAUCUUAGACAGGACCGAGUUUUGGAUGAGGAUGGUUUUAGUAAUGGUUUUAGUAAUGGUGUUGACGGUGGUUGGGGUGAGGAUGAUUAUGAUGAAGAUAGCAAUUGUUUUGGUUCGGGGCAUAUUGCAAAGGUUCAUGAUGAUGAUAUAGAGUAUUAUGAUGAUGAUGAUGAUAGUGAUAGUGAUAGUGAUGGAGAAGGUAUUUUGCCUGAUAUUGCAAAUCUGGUUGCAGGGAUAAGCAACGUUAAAACUCUUCUUCUUCUUCAAUGAAAAACUCUACCUUUUCUACUAGGAUUUUCAAAGAUCUCAUACUUUGCUAUUUAUCUGAGGAGAGCCUCAGUUUUGAGAAUAAGUUACGAGUAUGUCUCCAAAGGCAAUGCAUUUGUAGACCAUCUGCUACAUCAUUUCAAGUCAAAAUAUUCAAGGUGGCAAAAAAUUAAAGAGAAAUCAGAUCUAUCUUCUUGAUUUUUAGAAAGCAGAUUGAUGAUUGUUUAGGGUUUUACAUAAGCUA